CCAACCAACCCCCGCCCCCCCCCCAGCAGCGGCGCUCCCAGUCUGAUUUCAGGGGGGUCCACCAUGUCUCGUGCCCGUCAGCCCCCGCUGGUCACGGGCAUCUCGCCCAAGGAGGGUGCGGCCUGGACCAAAGUCACCAUCCGUGGAGAAAACCUAGGCACGGGUCCAGCUGACCUCAUCGGUCUGUCAAUCUGCGGCCACAACUGCCUGCUGACAGCCGAGUGGAUGUCGGCCAGUAAGAUAGUGUGCCGCGUGGGCCCGGCCAAAGACGACAAGGGAGAGAUCAUCGUCACCACCAAGUCCGGAGGUCUCGGCACCUCCACGGUCUCGUUCAAACUGCUCAGGCCGGAGAGGAUUGGUAUCCUAGACCAGUCUGCCGUGUGGGUGGAUGAGAUGAACUACUACGACAUGAGGACCGACCGCAACAAAGGCAUCUCCCCCCUCUCCCUGAGACCCAGCAAUCCACUGGGCAUCGACAUAGACAAAGGUAAAAUCCCACAGAAAGACAUGGAGCUGACGUUUCCAGGGAUGAGUGGAGACUUCACCAGUGAGAACUUCUCUGCCACCUGGUACCUCAUCGACAACCACGCAGGCAGCAGUUUCGAGCACUUGAAGAUGGCGGCCAGUAAUCUGAAGAAGCAGGCCUCUAAGAAGAAUGAAGGGAGUCUGGCCUACGUGAAAGGAGGCCUCAGUACGUUCUUUGAGGCUCAGGAUGCUCUGGCAGCCAUCCACCAGAAGCUGGAGUCAGAUGGUACAGAGAGAGUUGAGGGAUCGAUGACCCAACGACUGGAAAACAUCCUCAACAAGGCGAGCGAUACUGCAGAUACUCUUUUCCAGGAGGUCUUGGGGAGGAAAGACAAAGCCGACUCCACACGCAAUGCACUCAACGUCUUGCAACGUUUCAAGUUUCUCUUCAACCUGCCACUCAACAUUGAACGUAAUAUCCAGAAGGGAGAUUAUGAUGUGGUGAUCAAUGACUACGAGAAAGCCAAAUCUCUUUUCGGCAAUACUGAGGUCCCAGUUUUCAAAAAAGUGUACGCUGAGGUUGAGACGAGGAUCAGGGCUCUUAGGAGUCUGUUAUUGGAGAAACUGCUGGAGACUCCGUCAACACUGCACGACCAGAAAAGAUACAUCAGGUACCUCUCUGACCUGCAUGCCCCAGGUGACCCAGCAUGGCAGUGCAUCUACGCUCAGCACAAGUGGAUCCUGCAGCUCAUGCAAAACUGCAGAGAUGAGUUCAUCAGUGGCCAGAGAGUGGGUGUCGGAGCUCUGGACCUGGAGGGGGAUACCCGUCCGUCGGCCCUGGGCAGGCUCAGCCACACAGCGUCUCUGAAGAGAGGGGGCAGCCUGCGAACGCCAAGACCCAGCAUCUGUCGCUUCGAGACUCCGCAGCAGGUGCAGUUUGUGGAGAAGCUGUCGGACGUGGUGAUUGGUCAGCUGCCUAACUUCUGGAAGCUUUGGAUCUCGUACGUUAACGGGAGUCUCUUUAGCGAGACUGGUGAGAAAUCUGGACAGGUGGAAAAAUCCAAGAAGAAUGCCAGACAGAGACAGAAUGACUUCAAGAAAAUGAUCGAGGAGGUGACUAAUCGGCUGGUGAAGCUGGUUCGGGGAGCCCUUCUUCCCUCCACGCUGUCUCAGGGGGAGCUGAACUGUUACGGAGGCUGGGAGAACAAGACGGAGCUCACCGGAGCCUGGCUCACACAAAUCAUUCACAUCGUCAGGUUCUCACAUGAUGCCCACGGUCGCCACAUGACCGGUGGGUUGCAGGCUGGGGAUAUACUCCCGACAUGCAGGCUCUCGGCAUCUGCUUCCACCCACGUCGGCUCACCCAAGAGUCCUGGACCCAUAGCCUAUAACUACCAUCUUGCCAUCCUGUCUCUGAUAGAGCACGGCUCCCAAUCCCUCCUGGGAUGCGUCUGUGUGGAGGACGAACGGUUGGGUCAUCUCUGGGUGGUGUUGAGAGCAGCUGGCCUGGACUGGGGCCACCUCAGAUGGGUCCAUAGUGUAGCCUUGUCCCGACACCAGCCGUCCCAGAAAUCUCACCUUCCUCUUCAACACCUCACACUUGCGGGGGCUGAGCUUAACCCCGUGCUCCUGAUAUCUCUGCAACACAGUUCUCAGGUGCUCAAUGUGGUCCUCAAAGCUUGGGCUAUGGACCAGAUUGUCGUCCAGAUACGGUUGACACAUGACAUCUCUCAAACCACGACGGAGAACCAGGAGCUGCCAGUGAGGGAGUCCAGCAUGUCCUGGAUUCUGGCGCCUAGGCCAAUUAUGGGCUCUGCUGCUACGUGUGGGUCACUUGACACUAAAAUAGGGACGAGAAGUGGCUUUGUCAGAGCAGAUUCUUUCCCUAGUCUAAACUCUACCUCCACCCAGCCCAUGAAGGGGAUCUCAGUCUGGUUGGCUGCCACUCCCAAUAAAAUGUCUGAGCCUAACAGUUCACUGAGAGGUCGCACUGUGCUGUGUGGCGAUGCAAUGAAGACCUGGACUCACCGCACGUGUGACUGCUUCAAUGAUCUCCACUUCUCCAUGUCCUUUCCGCUGUCCAGACUCGAUCUGGUUGAUGAGGCUUGUGUAGGACAAUUUUUCUUUUUGCCCAACUUCACCAAUCUGUCCAAUAAUCCGGAACUCCCGCCUCAGCGUCACCUCGGGCAGUCUGAUGUGAAGAGGCUCGCUGAGAAAGAGGACUGGGUCGUAGAUAAUGAGGGCAUCACUAGUCUGCCGUCGCAGUUUGAACAGUGCAUGGUCCAGAUGUUGCAGUCGCUCAAAGAACCUCUGGAGAUCAAACCAGGAGAGAUCAAUGUGCUGCAGCUGGACCAAGUGCAGGACCAGGCCUCGGAGCUCAGUGUGAGCAUCAUGAAGGGUUUCAUCCACUGCUUGGAGCAGCUGAGCACUAAGAAAGAUGGAGAUAUUAAUUCAUCUCACAAUAUUUCAGUGGAUUUAUCAUCUCCGGAUCGUUUUACCAGCAUUCAAGAAGGCUUCAGUCCAACAUCUGAGCAACGUCUGCUGAUCAUCCUCAGUAACUGCCAGUAUCUGGAGCGACGUACCUUCUUGAACCUGGCUCAUUACUUUGAGAAACACGGCCUCACAGGAACCGAGAAGAUCACACGGGUGAGUAUGGACGCUGUACGGGAGCUGGACAGGAAACUAUUUGAGGCCUACAUUGAGAGGCGGGCCGAUCCCAUCGCUGGUUCUCUGGAGCCGGGAAUCUACGCUGGAUACUUUGACUGGAGAGACUGCCAAACACCUUCAGGUGUCAGGAACUACCUAAAGGAAGCGCUGGUCAACAUCAUCACAGUUCACGCUGAGGUGUUUACAGUCUCUAAGGAUCUGGUUCCUCGGGUUUUGUCUAAAAUUGUCGAGUCAGUAGCGGACGAGAUGUGCCGCCUUAUGCAGUGCGUCUCCUCCUUCAGCAAAAACGGAGCCCUGCAGGCACGACUUGAACUCUGUGCUCUGAGAGAUGCCAUAGCCACAUACCUUAACGCUGAAAGCAAUGCCAGCUUCAAACUGGCUUUAGACGCCUUGCCUCAGUUGCACAACGGAGCGGAUAAGAAGUUGCUGGAGGAGCAGCUGAAUAAGUUUAAGAGCAGCAUGCAGCUACAGCUCACCUGCUUCCAGCCUUCCUCUGUCCAGCCAGUGAAGAGAUAAACUCCCCCCUUUUCUGCGCUGUCAUACUUCCUUAUCCGUCUACGAAUCGACUCCUAUCUUUUUCAGUUAUCACUUUAUUGUUUACUCAUCGCUAUAUUCGGCGUCACUUUCAAUUUCUGCUUCACUAAGGUUCAACAUGCAUGUCUGAUCGUCUAAUCUUGUAACACACUAAAUGAGUCGAUUUCAUUGUUACUGUGCAGGGCAGUCCCAUUCAUUUUGGUUAUGCUAAUUCACACACGAGGCAAUUGUUAAAACAGAGAGCAUGCAAGUUUAGGUGGAUUUGAGGACGCUGAAGGGUCACCAUUGAUUUUGUAAGACCAUUACCAGUUACAAGCUACAAUCUCCACUGUCUCUACUCACACUAAGCUAUGUGUCUGGAUCACGCCUUGUACUGUGCCAUCUUAAUCACUCAAUAAAAUAAGAUUAAUUACCCUUAAAUUAAAUAUGAUGUUUUCA